AUGGGUGCCUGUCUAUCGUGCUUGGGCCAUGAUGAAACCGAUGCCAAUGAGCGUACAUCAUUGCUCGGCGGCGCCAAAAUAUACUCCGACGAAGACCUACACGAAGAGGCAUGGAAACAGCAACAACGUCAGAACGAGCUCAACACCAUCGUCAACGACCUCAACGACCACCUCAUUGACGUGUCGGCAUUCCUCAGCAACACAAGCAGCGGAGUUGUUAACACUCUUUCACAUCCGGGCUCGCUGUACCUGCUUCCUAGAUUGCACGAUGGAGACGAUGCCGAUACAGUGGCCCAAUCACCUAGCGUGGGUCCAGCAGGCCUGGAUGUGGCAGACAGACAAUACCCGCAUUUACUGAGCGUGGACGAGAAAUUGGAGAUAUUGAAGGCAGUCAAGAGUCUCGAUGCUGAAGACCAGAAAUAUGACGUUGUUCAACCCUCAGGCCCAUUGUAUGUGGUUUUUUGA